AUGGACCACCACCCCCCUCCUUCGGAAGACUACACGACCUGGACCACAACCGCCCUAAUCCACCGCGUAACCGCCCUAGAAACCCAACUCCGCGCGCAGCAGCAGCAGCAGGACGCAACCCACAAAGCCCUCAACAAAAAACCCCCCCAAAAGAAGAAACCGAAAACUUUCGAUCCGGACAAAUACCAUACGCGCCUGAUCGCGCUGAAAUUCGCAUACCUCGGCGGGAAAUAUAAUGGGUUCGAACACCAUAAUAAGAAUUUCACGCCGCUGCCGACGAUUGAGGAGGAGUUGUACAGGGCGUUGAAGAAGACGAAGCUUAUUUUUCCGAGGCAUAGAGAUGGGCAGAGCGAGGAGGAGGUCUGUUGGGAAGGGUGCGAGUACAGUAAAUGCGGCAGGACAGAUCGCGGCGUCAGUGCUUUUGGACAAGUUAUUGGGGUGAGGGUACGGAGCGCUCGGCCCAAGGUCGUCGUCGACGACGAGCAGGAGGAAUUGCCGGAUGCAGAAGAAGAAGAAGAAGAAGAAGGAGAGGCAGAAAGGACCGGCGAGAAGAAGCAGAAGACUUUUGAUUCUGUACGCGACGAAUUACCAUAUAUCCAACUCAUCAAUCGAGUGCUCCCACCAGAUAUUCGCAUUCUCGCGUGGUGUCCUCACCCGCCACGGGAUUUCUCUGCGCGCUUCAAUUGCAAAGAGAGGAGGUAUCGGUACUUCUUCACGAAUCCGGCUUACAUUCCGUUGCCCGGCGGGAGUGCUGCGGGUGCAGGGGAAGGGUGGCUGGAUGUCGAGGCCAUGUCGCAGGCCGCGAAGAAGUAUGAAGGGCUUCAUGAUUUCCGUAAUUUCUGCAAGAUCGAUGGGAGCAAGCAGAUAUCGGAUUUUUCGAGGCGCAUCUUCCAUGCAGGGAUAUAUCAGGUUCCGUCCGGACGGGAUCAGUCGAAUGGAAAGGAGCAUUCGUUGUCACCUAGGCUUUUCUACUUCGAGGUGCGUGGUAGUGCCUUCUUGUGGCAUCAGGUGCGCCAUCUCGUUGCCAUCCUCUUCCUUGUCGGCCAAGGAUACGAGAAGCCGAGCAUAGUCGAUGAAUUACUGGAUAUCCAGAAGACGCCUGCAAGACCCUUGUACGAAAUGGCGAGUGACAUUCCUCUGGUGCUCUGGGAAUGUCUUUUCCCAGAUCCGGAAAAGGUUGCCAUUGCAGACCAUGUGAACGGCGAUUCUGGUUCCUUCGCUGGAUAUGAGGACGCUCUUGACUGGGUAUAUGUCGGUGAUGAGCGUGGUGGGCGCGAUCAGUCCAAACGAGCCACGACUGCUGUCGAAGAUGGCAAACAUGGCCGAAAUGGUAUCAUGGAAGAGCUGUGGGCGCUGUGGCGGAAGCGUAAGAUGGAUGAAGCCCUCGCUUGGAAUCUCAUGGAGGUCGUCGCUGCGCAAGGACGGCAAUUGCGCAUAGAUCCCUCAGAGCUCCCGAGUAAGAGCGAAAGCGCCCGUCUUUUCGAUGGAAGCGAGCGGCCUCGCACGGUAGGUCCUUAUGUGCCGGUUAUGCAGCGGGAGCGGAUGGAGACACCGGAUGUCGUGAAUGCUCGAUAUGCUGCGCGCAAGGGCCUGAAUUGGACUGCCAAAUCUGCAGAUAACAUAGACAUAGACGAGUAA